AUGUCUAUUAACUCUCCGAGGGGUUCAGAAGAGAACCCAAAAACACAACCCAAGCAGCAAGCACCUCUGCACUCACAAACCAACAAGAUGUGCACCAAAAAGCAAUACCACUUCGUGGUCUGCGGCCACACCGAAUGGUGCGAGUCUCAGUGCCAGACCAAGAUGAAGCGCACCUUGAUGAACCCCAAGGACGAAGAAUACCCGCCGCCUUGCAUCCCCGUCACGGAGGUGACCGACCCCAUCAGACUGGCAGGCAAAUGCAGCACUUGCCGUCCCAGAAUUCGCGGUCCCCGCAGUGCUUUCGGCACUACCAGUGCUACCAGUACUUCUGGUGCUUGA